AAAGUGCAGGGAAAAAAAAGUGAUAAGCAGCUUCUGGGUUUUGCUUUCAAGCGCACUCCUGCUGAAUCGGCGUGUGUGUGUGUGUGUGUGUGUGGGGCGUUCACUCUUUCUCCUGCCACAGUAGCAAGACAUUGCAGCAGCGUCGGCCCCGAACAAAAGGCUAAACGCAGCAGAGCCACAAGAGGAGAAACUCAGGGAUAGAAGCAGGCAGAGUGGCCCAGCGUGACUGCACUUCUCAGGGAGGAACUCAACCUGCCAUUUAGAGACAGGACGGUAGGCUGCCUGCUGUCUGUCUCUCUCUGAGCUGAGGAAAACACCCGUUUUCUCUUUCAUUCAUUCACCUCAGCCUCUGUCAUCCUGUACCUGCCCUUCUUCACCUGGGCAUCUUUUUCCCUUUUCAUCCACCUGUCACCUCCGAGAUGUCAGACGAUGACUGCCUCUCGCCCAUCGGCCUGGACUGCUGCAGCUGCUGCUUGGACCUUGCCAACGGCUGCGAUGACUCCAUGGCCAACAGUCCGGCUUCGGGCCUCGGCCUGCCGGGGAGCCCCACCAGCCCCAGCGUCAACCACUUCCGCCAGCUCCGCAGCCAGCUGAUGUACCAGAACCUGAACACGGACAAGCUGAACAACAUCAUGAGGCAGGACUCCCUGGAGUCUGUGGUGAGGGACCCCUGUUUCCUGCUCAACGAGGGGAUCUGCAACAGCAACAUUGACCAGACCAUGCUGUCGAUACUGCUCUUCUUCCACAGUGCCUCUGGUGCUAGCGUUGUGGCCAUCGACAACAAGAUCGAACAGGCGAUGGAUCUGGUCAAGAACCACUUGAUGUAUGCGGUGCGCGAGGAGGUGGAGAUCCUCAAAGAGCAGAUCAAAGAGCUGGCGGAGAAGAACAACCAGCUGGAGCGGGAGAACUACCUGCUGAAGAACCUGGCCAGCCCGGAGCAGAUGGAGAAGUUCCAGUCUCGCAUCCCGACUGACCUGCCGCUGGACAAUCUGAGCUCUCAGGUGACCCCGGACCAGCACAACCGCCAGCAGCAACCCUGCGGCCUCAGCGCCGGCUCUGCUGUAUAAGUGGCUCUGCCUUGGGGCGGGCAGAGCCACUGUCUCUUCACAGUAAUGGACCUCCAUUUUUUGAACGCAAGCGUUUCAAAAAAACAUCGCCGCCGCCGAGAACCUCCUUCGUUUAAAAACAACGAAGGUUGAAGCAUCGGGGCUGUAAAAUGAUCGAUGGGACACAAAAACGAACUGUUGAGCACAAAACAGAAAUUAAGACGCUCUGACUGGUGCGGUGUCGGGCCUCGUCCUCUGAUACCGUCCAACUCUUUGUCGUAGUCUCUCUUGUGUAGACAAAAGCGCUGAGAAUAGAGCGAGGGCUGACUAGGCACCGACGAGCGCUUGCUUCCAGACAGCAGGACAGCUUCCAACAAACACCCUUCGCUCUAGAGAGGUUGGGUGUGCGGAGGUGUUGAUCGGGCUCGCCCUGCAGGUGCUAACUCGGAAAGUGUCGGGUGAGGUUGCUCCCUGCUCACCCCAGAGGAGAACCGUCUGUCCUCCCGCGUCCUCAACGAGAAGAGCCCCAUCACGUGGAUUUUGUCCGAUCUCAAAAAGUUUCAAGGACUCCCAGCCGCACAUUUCAGCAACACACAACGAGGACUUUUUCCUGUACCUACAAUGUAUUGUUCAUGUACAUUUUAAGCAUAACAAGAAUAAUCAACAGGAUAAGCUUAAGGAGGUGGAGGUUAAAUGCAGUAUAGCCUGUUCGACCGCUGCAGUAGACUGAUCAGUAUACUGUCAUGAUUCAUAAAAUGUAAUCUUGUAUUGCAGUCGGGGGGCUUGCUGCUUUAUGGGGGGAAAUUAAUCCUGCUAUAUCUUUUUGAUUUUUGUUUGUGAUUCUGAACAAAAAUCUUGUUUGUAAAAUAGGAGCAUUGUACAGUUUUGUAAUCUUGAGGUAGGGCGACAGGCAUAAUCUGCCCACCUUAGCUCUUCACAGUAAAAGGGUAACUACAAUGUACAUAAAACGUCCCGAAAGGUAGUGGAGAUGGCGAGCGAGCAGAAACCAGCAUUUUAGUCGCUGCAGAUGCACUCCUGAUUUUUUUUUUAGCAGCGUCAUCCAGUAUCUGGUCUGUAUUGCUCCGAUGACAACUUGAAAACGAUGGCAUGACAACAGUGCCUGUCCUUUUUUAGUAAGAGAGGAACACAUUUCCACACUGAGCUCUGUUGUUGUUGUUGUUGUUGUUGUUUUCUAGCUACCAAAGACUUUUUUUUUUUUUUUUUUUCCUCACAACAACAGAAGCCGAGUAAACCAGGACCAUGUGUACAACUUCACAGGGAGAAGUCUUGUUUGUAGCUAGAGCUAAAGUUUCCAUGUGUUUUUUUGUUUGUUGUAAAGAUAACGGUAUUGUUGCUGUAAAAGUAUCCUCGAAAGAGUUGUUCACUAUGGUGUUUGGAUACAACUGCACAUUUGCAAUAAACCUUAUGUUUACAUAAUAC